AGCAAGGCUUCCGCUUCCACCUUCUCCCUCCUCUCCGCUCGUCCUCCGGUAGCAGCCGCCAGCACAGUGUCCGCUGCUGGGCGGGGUGUCGGCGGAUCGGUCGGUUGGUUUCGGCUUCGGUGUCGCUGCGUUUGAGUUGGGCCGUCAUGGCUGAGUUGGAUCCAUUUGGCGCUCCCGCCGGUGCGCCCGGUGGCCCCGCGCUCGGGAACGGGGUGGCGGGCGCCGGCGAGGAAGACCCGGCCGCGGCCUUCUUGGCGCAGCAGGAGAGUGAGAUUGCGGGCAUAGAGAACGACGAGGCCUUCGCCAUCCUGGACGGCGGCGCCCCCGGGCCGCAGGCACACGGCGAGCCGCCGGGGGGUCCUGAUGCGGUUGAUGGAGUGAUGAAUGGCGAAUACUACCAGGAGAGCAAUGGUCCAACAGACAGUUACGCAGCCAUUUCGGAAGUGGAUCGAUUGCAGUCAGAGCCUGAAAGCAUCCGUAAGUGGAGAGAAGAGCAGACAGAGCGCCUGGAGGCCCUCGAUGCCAAUUCUCGGAAGCAGGAAGCAGAGUGGAAAGAAAAGGCAGUGAAGGAGCUGGAAGAGUGGUACGCGAGGCAGGACGAGCAGCUACAGAAGACAAAAGCCAGCAACAGGGUGGCAGAUGAAGCUUUCUACAAACAACCCUUCGCUGACGUGAUUGGUUAUGUCACAAACAUAAACCAUCCUUGCUACAGCCUAGAACAGGCAGCAGAAGAAGCCUUUGUAAACGACAUUGACGAGUCAUCCCCAGGCACUGAGUGGGAGCGGGUGGCCCGCCUGUGUGACUUUAACCCCAAGUCCAGCAAACAGGCCAAAGAUGUCUCUCGCAUGCGCUCAGUCCUCAUCUCCCUGAAGCAGGCGCCCCUGGUGCAUUGAAGAGCCACCCUGUGGAAACACUACGUCUCCGAUCUUAAUCCUACUCAGUGAAGCUGUUCACGCAAUUGGAUUAAUUAUGCCGAGUUCUUUUGGACCAAACCUUUUGUCUUUAGAGUUGAUCAUUGUUUGUGAUUGCAUGUUUCCUUCAACUGUGUUCUCCCUGGCAUUCAGAGAAGAGAGAGGAAGAGGAAGGGAGGGGAGCUCCCAACAGUAGCCUCAACCUGUGCUUUUGUGCAUUAUUCUGAGAAUAAAUUUCUGUUUCAAACAAUA